AUGAAGUUUUCACACUACCUGGUGACCCACAGGACCCCGGAAUGGGAGAAGCAGUAUGUCCGUUAUGGGGUACUGAAGACCAUGCUGUCUGCUGGAGAGAAAGGAGCACAUUGGAAUGAAGAUGUGGAGUCCGCCCACAGAUAUCGCUGGGCUGCACAGGAUGGCUUCUUCCAGGCCUGUGAUAGAGAACUGGUUAAAGUCAACCUCUUCUACUCAGAGAAGCAGACGGAGGCUUGCAAGCGACUGUGCUUAGUGAGGGAUGUGGUGCAGGUGGUGCCAGAGAGCCGAGGAGGUAGGGCCGGGUGCGGCUCACCAUGGAGGCCAGGGGGGCUGCUGCAGGCAUACAGACUGGCCAGGAAAAGACAGGCAGAGCAGGAACUCAGACGGGCCAUCAGAUAUGUGCACCUCAGUCUGGUUCUGCUGCAAAACUACAGGGAGCUGAACUAUACAGCUUUCUGUAAGAUCGUGAAGAAACAUGAUGCCAGCUUCGCUUCUACUCGGGGUUUGAAAUGGAGGAACGAGAAGCUGGAUGUCUCUCCUUUUUACAGUGACAUAAAAACCAGUCAGCUGAUCUCUGAGCUGGAGUCUCUCAUGUGUCAUCUGACUGGAGGGGACAAACUGGAAGCCAUGCAGAGGCUGCAGGUGCCACCUGCAGUGGGAAUUCAGCCUGCCCCAGUAUGGGCUGCUUUUCGGAUGGGGGUGACCUGUGGACUGGUUUUAGCUCUCCUGGUCCUCAUUAUUGUACAAGCUUCACAGGCACCUGAGUGGACAGCACUGAGGCCUUUUUUACAGCUCUACAGAGGUGGCUUCCUGCUCAUCCAAUUCAUCUUCUUGUUGGGGGUCAACAUGCACAUCUGGAAGAGUGCGGGGGUCAACUACAUCCUCAUAUUUGAGCUGGACCCAAGGGACCACCUCUCAAACCACCAUCUUUUUGAGGUCGCAGGAUGCUUAGCGCUGUGUUGGGGGGUCAGUUUCCUGGCUUGUCUGCAUGCCUCCCUCCAACCAGUCCCACUGCAGCUCCAGCCCCUUGUAUUCUACUCUCUCCCUGUUCUACUGCUGCUGAACCCCACGCCCACUUUCCACAGAUCCGCCCGCCGCCGGCUCCUCACACUGCUGUGCAGGUUACUCUCCACCCCAUUUCGUCCAGUCACGUUUGCUGAGUCCUGGUUGGCCGAUCAGCUGAACAGCCUGAAUCCGCUGCUCCUAGACCUGUGGGGUCUUCUUUGCUUCUAUACGUGUGAAGUGGACUGGGGGGACCCCUCCACCCUUAGCUCGCCCCCCAUUGGUGAGAAAGGCAGCUUAAAAAAAAAAAAAGUCUGUAUUUUAAUAGUGCCUUGGCCCCUGCAGCACAGACUGACGUACCUGAUUCAGUGCCUCCCCCCGUGGCUGCGUUUCGCUCAGUGCCUACGCAAAUUCUGGGACAGCGGCGAAGCCAUGCCACAUCUCCUCAACGCUGGCAAAUACUCCACCGUCUUCCUCAUGGUCACCUUCGCUGGGCUCUACAGCUUAACCAGAGAGCGCCCUCACCUGGCGGGUGUGAGGAUGUACCUGUACCUGUGGGCGGUGGCCACAUGCCUCAGUGUAGUUGUAACCAUCACCUGGGACCUGAGGAUGGAUUGGGGUCUUCUUCAGGGGUACGGCCUGCUGCGGGAAGAGAUGGUGUACCGCAAGCAGGGCUUCUACUACAGCGCCAUGCUGGGGGAUGUUAUCUUGAGGGUGACCUGGGCGCUCAACAUCAUCCUGGCCCAGAUGGGCAACUCAGACUCUGUGGCUACUAUCUCCACCGUGCUGGCACCUCUGGAGGUCUUCAGAAGAUUCAUUUGGAACAUCUUUCGGUUGGAAUAUGAGCACCUGAACAACUGCAACCAAUUACGAGUGGUACCAGACCUACAUCUGACCCAACUGACCCUGAACAGCCACUCCCUCCUGGAGAGGAUCAUGGACCAGGAAGACCUAGCAAAGGAUCAUGGGAAAUGUAGUACAGUAAAGAGGAAGCCUAAUCUGAUGCUCUGGUGUCCAAGGUGA